AAUGUACUCGAAGAGAGUAUAAAUUUACCCGUCGAGUAAUACACAAACUCUCUCGGUGGCUACAACGUAGUCGUGUCAAUAAUUCUUCUACGUUUUGAAUAAUGUUUUAUUCGAAAAAAAAAACCUUGCUCGUACUACUUUUAAAUUAAGUUUUAUACCAUAAUGCGUUAUUUUUUAGCAACUUUUUUAGUGAGUUAUUUUUUAGGUGCCUAUGCUUUUCACCAACAUAAGAAUGAUGACCAAUAUUUGACAGUGAAUUUACUUCGAGCAGUAGUCGAUCGUAUGAACAAAGAUUACUCGAAUGGGUACUCGGAUAUUGAUCAGGCGGAUUUACCUAUUAGGACACGUUUAUCGCCCAUGAAGGAAGAAGAAGAUGAACCAAAUUAUCCUGAUAUGAUGGAUGACGAUAGUAUGGUACCAAGUAUCAGAGAUAAUGAAUAUUUACAACAUAGCACGUUAUUGGGGCAUCAGUUUAUGACUGGUGGUGCUGGAGAAGGUAAACAAAACCUUAAACCAGAAGGAUCAAUACCGAAUAAAAACGAAGUGAAAACUGACGCUGUGCUUCCUGCUUAUUGUAAUCCGCCAAAUCCGUGUCCGGUAGGAUUUACCACCAACGACGGUUGCAUACAAAAUUUUGAUAAUACCGCCGAAUUUAGUCGAGAAUACCAAGCUUCGCAAAAAUGCAUGUGCGAUGCCGAACACAUGUUUGACUGUCCAUCAUCGCACGAGUAUUCUUACGAUAAUGACAUGGAUCUAGAACAAAUCGUAAGACGAUUCCAAAUCGAGCACACCCAAAAGGAUUUAGUCAGCAAGAAACUCUAUCCGUCGAAAAUGUUGAAUCCGUAUUUGCAAGGAGAAAUGUUACCAAUAGCUGCAAAAAAAGGGAUCAAUGUAGGAUAUUGACCAAAUAUUAUUUUACCACAAAUUUUUAAUUUAAGUAAGUAAAUAGGUAGGUAUCUAAUUUUAAAUUAAUUAUAAGCGUAAUGCGUUUUAAAACGUCAUAUGUGUUAUGUUCUACAAUAAAAUUCAUUUUUAUUCA